AUGUCAAACUACUACGGGCAGGGCAACGCUGCCCCCCCUUACGGCGCCGACGCGGGCGGCAGCGGCGCGGGCGGCGCGCAGAACCUCCAGUUCUACCCCUCGACGUACUCGCCCGGCGUCUCGGGCGCUGCGACACCGCAGCAGGCCGCGUACGGCUAUCCGGGCGGCAACAUGGGCAGCGUCGGCAGCGGCUUCGGGGCCGGCGCCGCGCAGAACGGCGGCUUCUCGUCGGGAGGCUUCGCAGGCGGCGUAUCGGGUCGCAUGGGCGAGCACGGCGGCCUGCGCACCGGCUGGCUCGCGGCCUUUUCCACAGAGGGCUAUGACGGCGAGCCGCCGCUGCUGGAGGAGCUGGGCGUCAACUUUGGUCACAUUCAAUCCAAGACACUAGCAGUGCUGAACCCCUUUCGACACAUUGACCAACACAUCAUGGACGACUCGGACCUGUUUGGCCCCAUGUUCUUCUUCCUCCUCUUCGGCUUCUUCCUGCUCUUCUCCGGCAAGGUCCACUUUGGCUACAUCUACGGCCUCGCCCUCCUCGGCUCGACGUCGCUGCACAUGAUCCUCUCCCUCAUGUCCCCCGCCGGCGACGACACCUCCUCCUUCCAGGGCCAGUACGGCGGCGAGGCGCCUCCGCCCGUCCAGGGCGCCGGCGGCCCGUCCCAGCACCACGGCGGCCACUUCUCCGCCACGCUGACCUUUCCGCGCUCGGCCUCGGUCCUGGGCUACUGCCUGCUGCCUCUCGUCGUUACCAGCAUGUUUGGCGUCGUCAUGCCCAUGGACACCCCGCUCGGCAUCAUCCUCACCAGCUUCGCCAUCAUGUGGAGCACCUACAGCGCCAGCGGCAUGUUCUGCGCCGUCGGCCGUAUGAAGGGCAUGCGCGCCCUCGUCGCCUACCCGCUCGCCCUGUUCUACGUCGGCUUCGGCAUCAUGGGCAUCUUCAGCAGCCGGGGCAGCGGCUCUCUCGCCAAUGCUGCCGCCAAGCUCAACACCUCCUAG